AGCCAUUCUGGCCUCACAGGGAACAACUCUGUGAGGUAGGACCUUUACUGAAAUCCUUGCGAUCUACCCUGAUUACUUCCUCUCUUCAAAAAUGUUCUGCGGGGAAUAUGUCCAAGGAACCAUCUUCCCAGCUCCAAAUUUUAAUCCAGUGAUGGAUGCCCAAAUGCUAGCAGGAGCACUCCAAGGAUUUGACUGCAACAAAGACAUGCUGAUUGACAUCCUAACACAACGCAGCAAUGCUCAGCGGCAGAUGACAGCUGAGGCCUAUAAAAGCAUGUAUGGCCGGGACCUGAUUGCAGACCUGAAGGAGCAACUUUCAUCUCACUUCAAAGAAGUGAUGGUGGGCCUGAUGUAUCCUCCACCAUCUUAUGAUGCUCAUGAGCUCUGGCAUGCCAUGAAGGGAGCAGGAACUGAUGAGAAUUGCCUCAUUGAAAUAUUAGCUUCGAGAACAAAUGCGGAGAUUUUCCAGAUACGAGAAGCCUACUGUUUACAAUACAGCAAUAACCUUCAAGAGGACAUUUAUUCAGACACCUCAGGACACUUCAGAGAUACUCUCAUGAACUUGGUCCAGGGCAACAGGGAGGAAGGAUAUGCCAAUCCUGCAAUGGCUGCUCAGGAUGCAAUGGUGCUGUGGGAAGCCUGCCAGCAGAAGACUGGGGAACAUAAAACCAUGAUGCAGAUGAUCCUGUGCAACAAGAGCUACCCACAGCUUUGGCUGGUUUUCCAGGAAUUUCAAAAUAUUUCUGGCCAAGACCUGGUGGAUGCCAUCAAUGACUGUUAUGAUGGCUACUUCCAGGAGCUGCUGAUUGCAAUUGUUCGUUGUGUCCAGGACAAACCAAGCUAUUUUGCUUAUAAAUUAUACAGGGCAAUCCAUGACUUUGGUUUCCAUAACAAAACUGUCAUCAGGAUUCUAAUCGCCAGAAGUGAAAUAGAUCUAAUGACCAUAAGGAAACGUUACAAAGAGAGAUUUGGAAAAUCUCUCUUUCAUGAUAUCAAAAAUUUUGCUUCAGGACACUAUAAGAAAGCACUGCUUGCCAUCUGUGCUGGUGAUGUGGAAGACUACUAAAUGGGGGAGGGUUGAAGAUGAUGGAAUCCUCUUUAUAGACACCAGAUAUAGACUAUUGAACUUGUGCUGUCACUGACAAUGUCAUUGUCAUGUCACUGGAACAAAAUUAUAAAAUCGUAUUUUUCUUCUAACUCUACAAUUAUUCUGAGACAAAAAAGAUCUACUAUUGGAAAUGUGUAAUCCUAGAUUUGUAGUCCUUAUUCAAUUGGUAAUUCAUUAAAUUGUGUAUGGUGGAAUAAGAAAA